AAACUCUUUGCUGGUUCUUUGAAAUUUAACAACAUGACAGACGACUGUUCCAAAACAACCAGUAACAUCCCUUCGUUAACCAUGGAGGUUGAUGCUGCUUUUCUCCGAUCCUUGAGGGGUGUCCUUAAAUUAGUAGAGAUGGGGACUAUGUUUGUAGCAUUUGUGUGUUUUGCGGUAGCAUCCAGGCCCAAAUACAUUGCAGCUACAUGCAUGGAGUUUGUGAUCACAUUCUCCCUGCUUCUGCUGUACACACUGAAGUUGAACAAGAAGCUGACUCUGUUCUUUUGGCCUCUCAUUGAUUUGUUCAACUCAUUGUUUGCAGCAGUCUUCAUACUUAUCCUGAGUCUGAUAGCAGUGUCCACUUACACAGUGACAGGGACCCUGGGUGGAGGGAUAGUGGGUUUCAUAGCAACAGGCCUGUGGUGUGUGGAUGGUUACAUGCUUUUCAAGAGGGUCACAUUCAAUCAACCAAGAACAGCAGCAACUGGCACUGUGAAGUGAAGACACCACAAUUGUCUCCUCCCAUGCUCACUCUCUUAUAUGUCAGUCCUUGCAUUUAUACGUGUAGGUUUAAAGGGGCAAUCAGCAGUUGAAACAAUAACAAAGCUUGGCCCCGGCCCGUUUUGGUAAAAACCUGAAGGAUAUAAGGCUGGAGAAAUGUAACCACUCUCAAAUUCAUAGACAGAGCAAUGUAUGCAAGGACUGACCAUCAAUGAUAUCAACAUGAUAGUUUUAACCAUGU